AUCUCUCAACAGUACUACAAAGUCACAUUACCAUUUUCACUAUCUUCUCAAUCUUCUAAUUCUCAUAACCUCCCUCUUCUACUCAUCAAUACCAACUUCCCAAACCUAUACAAACAAAACCAAUCAAAAUGAAGUAUGCUAUCUUCUCCUCCGCUAUCGCUAUCUUCGCCACAUUAGCCACUGCCCUCCCCGCCGCGGAGAACCUCGCUCCCCGUGAUCACGUCAAGGAAGUGAUCAACUCCAACUUGGUGGUCAACAUCAACGAAGACGCCCCCGAGACCCCCCUCGGCGUUAGCGACAAAGGAAUCGUCUCCCGCGCCAACGGCAAGCACAACUCCCAAGCCCUCGUCAAGUUCGAUUUCCGCGAGAGUCUCAGUGGGUAUAAGUGCCGAUUGGCAUUCGGAUACCCGACUCAGUUCAGCGGCACCGGGGAGAUCCAGGUGUACACCAUCGGGGAUAUAAACAUCGCAAGCUCCACCUUCAAUCACAGACCUUUCAGGGAUCAGUUUAAGGGCACCUUCCGUGUCACCGGGUGGGCCGAGGCUGAGGUUGUUGAUGGUUCCGGAUUGACUUUCGACUGCCCGACUCAGGGGGCCAAGGCAUAUGAGGUUGUCUCUGUUGGGGAUAACAAUGAGGUUGUUUGGAAUGCGGCUUGGGGUGGAUUGAGAAUUGAUGCCUUUUAAGGAUGAAGCAGUUGCCGGGUGGUUUCCAUUAUUUUACCAUCUUACUUAGACCCCUCUUCUUUCUUUUUAAUAAUUGCAUUGCAUGGUUGUGGAGUUAGAUUCGCAUUUCCGUUUCGAGGAUGGGAGCAUGGGGUUUACAAUUUUUUUAUCACUCAUUAGCACAAACAUUAUUAGCAUUAGCUUAAUCUAGUGGAGAUAUUUGGGAGGAAAUAUACGCUUUAAACUUGAACCUUCC